AUGGGCAACUGCACCUCGCAGCCCAAUCAGGACGAGAAGGCCUGUUCCGAUUUGAUCGACAAACAGCUCGAGGAUGACGGCAAACGAUUCAAGAAGGAAUGCAAGAUUUUGCUCUUGGGCUCCGGCGAAUCAGGAAAAUCGACCAUUGUCAAGCAGAUGAAGAUUAUCCACCAGGGAGGCUUUACCACCGAGGAGCGGGAUUCCUACCGUGGGACGAUAUACAAGAAUGUUCUUGAUUCAGCACAGGCUAUUGCCCUGAUGAUGCGCAAGAUUGGCAUUCAGUACGCCAACGAGUCGAAUCAGAGAGAGCCGAUGACGUCCUUUCGCCCGAUAUCGCCAAUGCCAUACACCUCUUCUGCCAAGACACCGCCUAUUCCGCAGCUCUUGGAUGAGCACUCGAGUGAUUUUUAUCUCAUGGACAGUGCUUUCUACUUUUUCACAGAGGUCCUUCGUAUCGGCGCGCCUGGAUACACCCCCACCGAGACAGAUAUCCUACGCGCCAGAGCAACCACCACCGCCAUCACAGAAACCAGGUUCACCAUGGGCCAACUCCAAAUACACAUGUUUGACGUUGGUGGCCAGCGCUCAGAGCGUCGCAAGUGGAUACACUGCUUCGAGAGCGUGACGUCUAUAAUUUUUUGCACGGCCAUCAGCGAGUACGACCAGGUUCUGUUGGAGGAUAAAAAGCAGAACCGCAUGGCUGAGUCACUCGUAUUAUUCGAAUCAGUCAUCAAUUCUCGGUGGUUCCUCCGAACUUCCAUCGUGCUAUUUCUGAACAAGAGUGACAGCGCUACUUCCCCUGAGUUUCCGGGAGGUAAAGAUAUCAACAAAGCAGCCAAGUAUAUUCUGUGGCGGUUCAUGAAGGCAAAUAGAGCCAGGCUGAGUGUUUAUCCACACUUGACGCAAGCAACUGAUACUGCCAAUGUCAGGCUGGUCUUUGUUGCGGUCAAGGAAACGAUACUGCAAAACGCAUUGAAAGACUCAGGGAUACUGUAA